ACAAGACAGCGCCUUGUCCGCUAACACCUGCGGAAAAGCCUUUUUAAAGCUGUGAGAUGCCUUUACGCAUGAGAAUUGUUAUUUCUCUUAACGUGAGACUGCAGGGAGGUGACAGGUGCGUGCUCCUCCUGGUUUCAUCCUCCCUGCUGAUGUCUCCAUGACGGACGUGGCAACACCCAACUGUACGUGGUAAAAGAACUAUUUUCUAAUGUCACAAAGGUCUUUUCAUGGAAGUGGCACCACUCUGUAAAGCAGCAUCUCUUCAGGAAUCGACUAAUUCAGGUAGCGAUGUAUAGCAGAUCUAAGCUGGUGGUUGUCCUGGUUUGCACCUUGUGCUUUGGCACUAUCUGGAUAAUAUCUUCCUCUCGUCUUACCUUUGAGGAAUGGGGAGAAGAUGAAGGACACACUGGAAAUAUGAAUGUUGAAGCUGAGAUGUUGACAGCUAAUGCUAAAAAACCUUGUAGCUGUGAUAGAUGUAUGACAGAAAACAAUUAUUUUUGUAUGCAACGAUACAAAAAAUUUGUGAAUCCCUUUUUAACACCUGAUGGCCAUCUCACACUAAAGGACUUCACCUGGUGGAUGUCGUUGCAGCACGAAGGAGGCGACUUAAAGAAAUUUGAGGCAGCAAAGGAUCAUCUGUUUAGGGUGUUCCCAUCCAGGCCAGAUGUAGCUGAACCCCACCCGGACCGCUGUCGGACAUGCGCCGUCGUUGGAAACUCAGGAAAUAUGAAGGGAUCCAACUAUGGACGUCAAAUCGACGCUCACGAUAUUGUAAUGAGAAUGAACUUUGGUAAGACUGCAGGCUAUGAAGUGGACGUGGGGAACAAGACGACUCAUCGGGUCAUGUAUCCGGAGAGCGGGAUGGACCUGGAUGAUGACACCCACUUGGUUCUGUUUCCAUUCAAAAUCAUGGACCUGCAGUGGAUUACUGAGGCGUUCACAACUGGCUUUCAUGGAAGAUCAUAUGCACCAGUUCAAGAAAAAAUCAAUGCUAACAAGAAUCUGGUGAUGGUGGUCAAUCCGAGAUUCAUGAGGUACAUCCACACAUGCUGGCUGUCUACGAGGGGGAAAUACCCUUCCACUGGCUUCAUGACCCUGGUUCUGGCCAUGCACAUCUGUGACCAGGUGGACAUUUAUGGCUUUGGAGCAGACAAAAAUGGAAAUUGGAAUCAUUACUAUGAAGUACUUCGGAACAGAAACUUAAAGACUGGAGUUCAUCCUGGGAUGUAUGAAUAUAACCUCAUUCAAGAGCUGGCAAAGAAAAACAUAGUGACCUUGAAUAGAGGCUGGUGAAAGAGGAAAAUAAAGUGAUUCAAAUGAGCUUAUUUUCAUUUGUGCAGUGUGCCUGAACUGUAUGUGAAGUGUGGAGGCAUUAUACAUUUUGGGUAUACCUCCUGACAGUUUUUAUGAAGUAUUGAAUUGAAUGGAAUUAUCUGGCUGAAAUAUACCUAAAUGUGUUUGAUUAUAUUGUAUAUGCUGAUGUAUUUAAAUAGAUUUACACCGAUGCUGCUGCUUUAAAGGUAAAUGUGACAGGUUUUCAUGGUUUUCCAAUUAUUUCCUGGUUUGGUGGGAUUAGUACCUGUAGUAAAUAUGCAGUAGUAUAGUAAGUGGUAGUUUGUCAGAAAAAUUAAGAUGAAAAGAAAAGUACAAAAAUACAGGAAGUAGUUGUGAGUUUUGAAACAGAAUACCUCUUGUUUAGACAAAAUACAUAGAUAGGAUUAUACAUGUGUAUUUGACUGAGAAACUCUUCAUCUUAAACCGGUCCAGUACCAGCUGUGACUGGAUCUCCAAUGGACUGGUUUUUCUGUGAAAGGUGAAGGGAUGUUACAUUUUUGAACAGAAAUUAAGUGAAACAAAGAAAAAAAUAAAAUAAACUUUUUCCAGAAUC